AUGGAGGAUCGAUAUACACCACCGUUUUGUUCAUGCGGAUGCCAUGCACCGAGAACGCCGAAAUCGAUCGAACCUCCGCACGAGCCUUGCUGCUGCUGCGAUUACAAUCCUUUCAGCGACAACUCGAAAGAAUCGGAGAUCUACGAUCUGUCGUUUGCUCUGCGAAAGCUGACGGUAAUGAAGUGCCAGAUGAAGAAGUGGCGCAUGGAACGAUUGCAACUUGAGAGCGAAAAUAGGUCUCUGAAACAAGCCCUACAAUCAUUCGGUGCGAAGUCCGACAGAAUAUUUGGUCCCGAUCCCUUGCUCGUGCAUUAUCGCGAGGAAAACGAAAGGCUGCAGAAUGCAAAUGAGGAACUGGCAGAAAAAAUUUGCAACCUCGAGGAGAGCCUCGCCGAACGAGAUUGCUGCGACGAUCCUUGCGAGAAAGUUAAAUACAUGAGGAAAAAAAUAGCAGCGCAGAGAGAUCGCUUCGUUGCCGAAAAGAAACAAAUGCGAGACACGAUAUCGCAUUUUAAGCUGAAACUGGCGGAAGCCGAGGAGGAUACUUCCUGCGCGGCAUUAAACCGUUUGAGGGCAAAGCUUCGCGAGUUAAUGAAAGAUGGUCAGAAAGCCGAUCAACAGGUGUCCGUGGUUGUCGAGAGAUCAAUGCAGACGUCGGUGGAUCUCUCAGAGAGCUACGAAAAUCUACGAAUAGAGAACGAGCGUUUGCAAGCAGAGUUGAUGCAAAUUCGUCGUUCAAUCAAGGAGGUUGCUGUACCGAUCUUAAAAGACAGUGUCGCUCCACCGUCUAUAGACGAGGAAGAAAUAGAUACGUCGACGUUACUAAACCGGCUUCAGAACUGCGAAGUGCUUCUGACUGAAUUGAAAACGCAUUUGGACGAGAAAACGGCUUACGCGGAGGCUCUAAAGAGCGAACUUGAAGAGCAGAAAGCGGUUUCCGCUGCAUUGGCAUUAGAUAUGGAUCAGGUGACCGUCAGCCGAAAAGACACGGUGGACCAAGUGGUUGAGAUCGAAAAAGAGGAAUCUGACGCUAAGAAUGCGUCAUUAGAUAAAGAAAUACGAGAAACACAAGAGGAAUUGAAGAGAAUGAAAGACGAAAAUAACGAGUUAAGGAACGAGAUCGAUAAGUUGAAUGUUAACCUGCGUCUCCAGGAAGAAAAAUUUCAAGUGGCGCAAAAGGAGCUGGGGGAUGCGGGAGACAAUUUGCAUAGUCUUGGGACUGAGAAUGAAUUCUUGAAGAAGGCAUUGGAAAAUGCUAAAUUGGAGACUAAUGAACUUAAAGAAGAAAAUGUUGCCCUGAAAAACAAUCUUGAUAAUAUGAUUAAGGAAUUGGAAUCUGCGAAAGACGAAAAUAAUAAUGUUAAAGCGGAGGUUGAUCAAUUAUUAUCUGAGAAUAAGCAUUUACGGGAUGAGUUAGAGAAGCGAGUGGCGGAGACGGAUCAGUUAAAAUCCGAAAGAACUGCAUUAAAGAACGGUCUCGAUAGAUUACUGCAAGAAAUGGAUAGAUUGAAUAUUGAGAACAAUGAACUAAAAAAUGAAAAUGUUGUCGUUAAAGUGGAACGAGAUAAUUUGACAGUUGAGAGAGACAACUUUAAAUCUGAGAAUAUUCUUCUUAAAGAUGAUUUGUCUAAGACAGAUUCAGCGUUAGAUGACGCAGAGAAACAACUGGAUGGGUUUAAAAUCAAGAAUGUAAUUCUUACGGAAGAAUUGGAGAAGGCUAAUAUAAAUAAUAAUAAGUUAUUCUCAGAUUUCAAUGCUCUGCAAAGCGAAAUGGCAAAGUUAAAGUUGGAGAACAGAGAAUUAUUACAAGAGGCGGAUGAUGGAAAGAUAGAAAUAACAAAAUUGUUAUCCGAAAUAGAAAAUCUGAGGAAGGAGAUAGAUGAUAGAAGUAACGAAUUAAUAAGAAUAAAUAACGAAGUUAUAGAUUUGCGGAAAGAAACGGCUGGGUUAAAUAAUGAAUUGAAAGAGGCGAAAGUUAUAAAUGAACAACUAAAAACAGAUACUCACCGAAUGGCAGUAGACAACGAAGCUAUCAAAGCUGAAACAGACAACUACAGAAAUGAAAAUGAUAAGUUAAAAACAAAGGUAGGCGAAAUGGAAGAACAAGCGAAGUUAUUGACGGAUGAAGUAAAUAAAUUAAGAAACCAACUUGAGGACGCCGAGAAGCGAGUUAAAUUGCUCGAGCCUCAGAUCAUUAGUUUACAGACUGAUAAGGACGAGGUACAAAACGAGAUCAACGUUUUGCAAGAUGAGAUCAGCAAACUAAAACUGGACGUGAGUGCAGAAAUUGCUGCUAAACGAGACAUUCAGGAAGAGUUAACGGCAUUGAAAAACGAAAUGAAAAAUUUGAUCUCGAAGAUCGAUGAGAUAAAAGUGCAAAAUCUUGCUCUGCAAGACGAGAGAGAUGCCCUCAAGAAAGAACUGUUGAAUCUGGGCGAGGAAUUGUCGAAUUUAAAAGGUGCAAAUGCUGAGAUGACGAACAAAAUUAAUAAUUUGAGGUCGGAAAUAUCUAAUCUUCAAUCGCAGUUAUCUAAGUCGGAAGAAGAUAUAGAAUAUUGGAAAAUAGAGAAUUGCAAACUGAAGAUGGAAAUGGAUAAGUUAUCUCUUGAGAAUGAAAAGACAAAGGAAAAUUUAAACGUCUGUAAGGUUCAACGACAGUCAUUAGAGAGGGAGAUAACAACUUAUAAGAAUGAAAAGAUUAAGCUUGAAGAAGAAAUUACAGAGCUUAAAAAUCAACUGGAAAAAUUAAAUCUGAUUUUAUUCGCCGAAAAAUCUGCUAAAGAAGAGGCUGUAGAAGAAUCGGUGAAAGUCAGCGACGAGAUCAUUGCACUGAAAGAAGAACUUGAAGCAUUGAAAACUGAAUUGAUUAAAUUAAGAACGGAGAAUGAUAAGAUGAGAGGCAAAGAGGAAAAUCUGUUGCGUCAAAUAUCAAUAUCAAAAAUAGAGCUUGAAAACAUAAAAAAUGAGAUAUUAGCUUUCAGAACUGAUAAUGACGCAUUAAAAUCGAAAACAAAUACAUUAAUAGUUGAGAACAGCGAAUUAAAAAAUGAAUCAACAAAAUUAAUAUCUGAGCUUGAUGAUUUGAAAUUAAAGAACACGAAUUUAAUGCAAGAACGGCAGAAAUUUGAGGAAGAAUUUAGCAAACUAAAAGGCGAGGAUGAUAGACAGAAAGCUGAAAUUAGAACUUUAACAUCCAAUCUGAUGGCUGAGCAGAUAUUAUUGGAACAAAUUAGGUCAGACUUAUCUAAUAAAGAAUCGGAAAACAAUAAAUUGAGAGCAGAUUUAGAAAAGCUGCAGAAUAAUUUGGAUUCAGUUACACUAAUGUAUAACAAACUGAAUGAUGAAGUAAAAAAUUUAAGAGAAAUAUCGAUUAAUACGCAGAAUAAAAUGGAUAAAUUACAAUAUGACAUGGCUGCAUGUCUAGAAGAGAAGAAAGCGCUUCUGAACGAGUUAGACGUUUUACGAAUGGAAGUCGGCAGAUUAGGUAAAGAAGUUGUAUUAAAUAAAGCUGCCAAGGAAGUUACUGAGAAGGAAAUGAUCGUUCUAGGCGGCGAAUUAAUAGCGCUGAAGACAGAACUGGAUAAAACUCGCGCGGAAAACGAGAGCUUAAAGAAGGAAUUGAAUGAUGCGAAUAAACAAUAUACUGAAUUAAAGAACGAAAAUGCCGUUUUGAGAAACGAAAAUAGUAAAAUAGAGACAGAACUCGAUUCCUUUAAGUUCGAUUUAACAAUAGCGAAGACCGAUUUCGAUAAGUCCAAGAGUCAGAACAACGAGUUAAAGGAAGAGAUCGAUGAGUUGAAGAAAAUACUCGGCGAUGCCGAAACGGAGAUUAAAUUUCUGAAAGGACAGCUUGUUGACUUAUCGAGUGAAAAAGAGAGAGAGAGAGAGAGGCUCGAAAAGGAGAUGAACGACGCGAAAGUUCAGGCCGCGAUUUCAAAGGCUAGUGCUGAUGACGCACAAGCGCAGAUCGAUGACUUAGUUAAGGAUCUGAAUGCAGUGAGAGCGGACAGGAGCGCCGCCUUGAAGGAAUUGGAUGUCUUAAAAGACGCUUUGGCUCAUUUGCAGGACGAUUUAAAUAGAUGUCGAGCGGACAACGAGCGGCUAACGAUCGAAUCGACUGCUUUGAAAGAUCAAGAGUUGAUAUUACGGGCGGAUUUGAGAAAAUCCGAGAUUGAAAACAACAAACUGACGGAGGAAUGUAGCAGAUUAGAGAACGAAAAUAGGGACGUGAAUAUCAAGUUAAAUAACGCUUGGCUCGAGUUGGAUAAAGUCAAAGAUGACCUUACGAAAUUAUUGCUAGAGUAUGAUAAGGCGCAGCAAGAUUAAAAGUUAAUGAUGGAAAAUGAAGAGUUGCGAGAUGAUCUGAGAAGAAAGCACAUCGAUAUCGAUAAACUAAAAGAAGAUUUGAAUCAACAACUUGACAAUUUGCGGCAUGAAAAUAGACUAUUGAAAUCUUCUCUUUCUCCUGCUGCAGAGGCUGGCGUGAUUAAACCGGAUGAAUGCGGCGACUUCGUUAAGGCGAAUGAAUUACUAAAGAAGCAGAUUGAAAAGCAAUAUGACGCCGUGCAACGUGUGCGUGAUUACAUACGCUAUAUAGAUGGUAACAUUCCUACGAAACCCGCAAUGGCGAUGACUCCGGUCGAUGACUUAAAGAUCAAGGAGUGGACGGUGCCAUCCAUCGUAGAGUUAUUGAAAGAAUCGCAAAAACUGUCCGAGAAUAUUUAUCUGGCGGAAAUCGAAGUGCAAAAUAUUAAUAAACUAUUGGAACUUUUUAAUCAAUGCAAGAGUGAUAACGAGAAAUAUAUAAAACAACUGUCGGAGCUUGGUGUAGAAGUUACCAAGGUUGCAGGUGCGGAUAAUGGCGAUGAGCUUGCAGCUUUUGACCCUGAAUCUUGGUUGAAGUCUUUGACGUUGACGCAACUGGCCGAGCUGCACGACAAGAUUUGUCUAUUGACUUCAGGCAUGGUGCAACAAGACUGCGCUUCUGCGACCUACGAUCGAUCGGCGAUUAAUUGGAACUACAGCGGCGAUCCUCUGCAAGCGGAUUACGAUGCUUUAAACCGGCGGAUCGCCGCCUUGCAGAGGCAAAUAGUUGAGAAGCAGAUUGAGGCGGGCUGGAAACUGCAGGAAUUAAGACGGUCUCUUCGCCUCGAGCAGGCUAACCUGAUUCGAAUCUCCGAUCGGAUGAAUCUCGAAAGAAGACGCAAUUUGGCUCUCCAUCUCACCAUGGAUGAUUCGACGUGAAGCUCUCUGCUCGAUUAUAUACGUUGAUACAACCGCGCUUGCAAUCGAGCAAAUUAAGCAGCUUUAUAUUCAUUUUUGCAUCGAUUCCAGUGUACGAAAUAAAAAAAAGACAAUG